AUGGCUACCUCGUUCCCCUGGACCCAGCUCCUCGGGGCUGUCUGCGUCCUCGUCAUCACCAAAUUCAUCUGGGAGUUCCUCUUUUCGCCACUGAAGGCCUUCCCUGGGCCUCUGCUGGCUAAAUUCACCGACCUAUGGCGUGUGGUGGCCGUCCUCCGUGGUCAGUUCGAUUCUACCAAUGUCCGACUACACCUCAAGUACGGUUCCGCCGUCCGGGUCGGACCCAACUGCAUCAGCCUGGGAGAUCCCCGGGCGAUCAGGACCGUCUAUGCGACAAAAGAUCCAUGGAUCAAGAGUGACAUGUACAAACCCAAUGAUGCUCUCGUCAAUUGCCGGAGAAUAUCGAAUAUCUUCAACACGCCAGAUGAAGAAUGGCAUGCGAAACAAAUCAGACCGAUCCGGAAUAUGUGGACAAUGACCAAAGUGCUCGAUUAUGAGCCUCUCAUUGACGAGACCUUGGACAAAUUUGUCAACAAGCUUGCUGCCAAAUUUGUUGAUGGGGCAAAUGCUGGAAAGACCUGCCCUAUAGAUGAGUGGCUAGGUUAUUUCGCAUGGGAUGUCACCGCAAACGUUAGCUUCGGACGGCACUACGGCUUCAUCGACCAGGAAAAGGAUGUCGACAAUCUCAUCGGCGAUUCGACCAAGGGUCUCUUGUACUUUGCGCCGGUCUCGCAAAUGCCCUGGAUCGACCACCUGCUCGACAAGAACCCCAUCGUCCGCAUCGGCCCCAAGCCCUUACUGACGGGCAUUACGUACGCAUUCCGCGUCGUGACCGAAUACCAGAAAGAGCUUUCCGAACAGCAAAAGAAAGAGCCCAGCACCGUCAGACACGCGCUGGACAAGUACGUCCGCCUGAAGGAAAGCUACCCAGACAUCGACGACAACCAGAUCGUCAGCUGGUUGAUGCUGAACGUCCUCGCCGGCGGCGAUACCACCUCUGCCACGAUGCGCGCCGUUGUCUACUACCUCGCCAAAUCGCCAGCCGCCUAUAACAAACUGAUCAACGAGCUGGACGCAGCACAACUGUCGUUGCCGGCUAAAUGGAAGGACAUUUACGUCCUCCCGUACCUCGACGCCGUAAUCCGCGAAAGCAUGCGAAUCAACCCGGGCAUAGCGAUGAUCUUCGAGCGCGUCGUCCCUAAGGGCGGGUACACCCUUCCCUGCGGCCGCUACAUUCCCGCUGGGACCAAAGUUGGCGUAAACCCCGCCGUGACGAACCGCGAUUACGAGGUCUUUGGUGCUGACGCCGAUUCUUUCAACCCGGACCGGUGGCUCAAGGGCGCGGACGAGAGCCAGCAGGACUAUGAGGCUCGACUGCGACAGAUGAAGGAUGUCUGCGACUUCACCUUUGGCGGAGGCGGUCGGGUCUGCAUGGGUCGGUACCUGGCCGUGCUGGAAAUUUACAAAUUGAUUGCGACGCUGUACAGCUUGUUCGAUGUGAGCAUCCCUCCCUCAAGAAUACUGCAUGCCGCAAAGGCGUGA